UAGGCUCUGCUCCAUUUAAAGAUACCCCCCUCCCUUUGUGAGUUUCCACCUCCCCUCUCUGUCUAUCGCCGCCCCUCUCCAGUGCUAACAAGGAAGGCGGACAGAGGGAUGGCAAGUGUUGGACUUCAGCAGCUAGUUCAUACAUUUUAUUCACUAAAAGUAAUUUUGGGGGUUUGGGUGCAGAUUCGCCAGACGUUGCAGUUACAUAAACUUAUACUAUGAGUGAUUGAGUGUUUGAAGUGCUAGUUUAGCAACCAGACUUGAUCAGUACUGGAGCUAGCACCGGCCAGGGACCAGUGCAGAACAGCCAGCCAGCGUCAGUGAGAGCAGGGAAAAAGACCAUGGCCCUCGCUAGCGGCCACCAGGGCCCAGCCUCCUAUUACUGCCUCAUCCGCCGCAGGUUCAAGAGAAGACGCAAGAAACGCAGCGAGCGCAAAGGUGGUGUGCGUGCUGGCCAUCCCCGGUGCCAGCCCAAACUCUUCACCAUGGAUGUGGAUGAAGAGGAGAACAUGAGUUCGAGCAGCACUGAUGUCAAGGAAAAUCGCAAUCUGGACAACGUGUCCUCCAAAGAGGGGGCCGCGGGAGCUGAGCAGCUCCCCAACGGCAGCGGGGGGGGCAGCGGGGGGGGCAGGAAGCGCCCCCUGGAGGAGGGCAACAACAGCCACGCACACUCCAAGUUCCGACCCAAGAAGCGGAAGAAAACCCCUGGGCCGGUCUUGCCCAAGAACGCGCUCAUGCAGCUGAAUGAGAUCAAACCGGGACUACAGUAUAAGCUCCUGUCCCAGACCGGCCCAGUCCAUGCCCCUGUGUUUGUCAUGACCGUUGAGGUAAAUGGACAGCUGUUUGAAGGCACAGGCCCGACUAAGAAGAAGGCAAAGCUCAAUGCAGCCGAGAAGGCGCUGCGUUCCUUUGUACAGUUCCCUAACGCCUCAGAGGCACACCUGGCCAUGGGGCGGACUCUGACAGUCAACACAGACUUCACGUCUGACCAGGCUGACUUCCCAGAUAUGCUUUUCAACGGGUUUGAGACGCCAGCUGUGCCAGAGGACUCCUUCUACCUGGGCUCUAACGGCAGCAACUCCUUCCCUUCCCUUGGGGAGUUCCCCCUCCCUGUGCCACCAGGCAGCAACCUCGUCCAAGCCCCCUUGCCCCCCCCCUCCUCCUUCAGCUCCCCCUCCAGCGGCAAGAACCCCGUCAUGAUCCUCAACGAGCUCCGGCCCGGCCUCAAGUACGACUUUGUGUCCGAAAGUGGCGAAAGCCAUGCCAAGAACUUUGUCAUGUCUGUGACGGUGGACACACAAACAUUUGAGGGCUCAGGACGCAACAAGAAGCUGGCCAAGGCCCGAGCUGCCCAGGCAGCCCUGUCAGCACUCUUCAACAUGCAGCUAGACCAGACCCCCUCCCGCCAGCCCAUACCCAGAGAGGGGCUGCAGCUACACCUGCCUCAGGUUUUGGCAGAUGCCGUCUCUCGUCUGGUGGUGGAUAAGUUCAGCGAGCUGACCGACAACUUCACCUCCCCCCACGCACGUCGAAAAGUCCUGGCGGGGGUAGUCAUGACAACAGGCACAGAUGUCAAAGAGGCUCAGGUCAUAUGCGUCUCCACGGGGACAAAGUGCAUCAACGGCGAGUACAUGAGCGACCGCGGCCUGGCGCUCAACGACUGCCAUGCGGAGAUCAUCGCCCGCCGGUCGCUCAUCCGGUACCUCUACACACAGUUGGAGUUCUUCCUCAGCAACAACAAGGAAGAUCAUCACAAGUCUAUCUUUAUACGGUGUGAGAAGAGAGGGUACCGGUUAAAAGACAAUGUUCAGUUCCACCUCUACAUCAGCACUUCACCUUGUGGAGACGCCAGAAUCUUCUCACCGCAUGAGGCUGGCAUGGAAGAUCAAGGGGACCGGCAUCCCAACCGUAAAGCCAGGGGACAGCUGCGCACCAAGAUUGAGUCUGGGGAGGGCACCAUCCCUGUGCGCUCCAGCAACACCCUCCAGACAUGGGAUGGGGUGCUACAGGGGGAGAGGCUGCUCACCAUGUCCUGCAGUGACAAGAUUGCACGGUGGAAUGUGGUGGGUAUCCAGGGCUCACUGAUGAGUUACUUCUCAGAGCCCAUCUACUUCUCCAGCAUCAUCCUGGGCAGCCUGUACCACGCGGACCACCUGUCCCGCGCCAUGUACCAGCGCAUCGCAGACAUUGAGGACCUGCCCCAGCAGUUCAACCUCAACAGACCCCUGCUCAGCGGUAUCAGCAACGCAGAGGCCAGGCAGCCGGGCAAGGCGCCCAACUUCAGUGUAAACUGGGCCGUGGGUGACCAGAUGCUGGAGGUCAUCAAUGCCACCACAGGCAAAGACGACCUGGGCCGCGCCUCGCGCCUCUGCAAGCACGCCCUGUACAGUCGCUGGGUGCGCUUGCACUCCAAGCUCUCGUCCACGCUGAGGAUCAAGGUGCCCAAGCCCAGUUUGUACCAUGAGGCCAAACAGGAAGCACUGGAGUAUCACUCUGCCAAGCAGACCCUCAUCAAGGCCUUCCACAAGGCUGGCCUGGGAGCCUGGGUGAAGAAGCCCAUUGAGCAGGACCAGUUCAGCCUGACUUCUUGAGGAGAGGACAACUUCCACACCCUCCACACACCACACCCUCCACACACCGCACCCUCCACACACCGCACCCUCCACACACCGCACCCUCCACACACCGCACCCUCCACACACCGCACCCUCCACACACCACAUCAUCCACACACCACAUCCUCCACACACCGCACCAUCCACACACCGCACCCUCCACACACCGCACCCUCCACACACCACAUCAUCCACACACCACAUCCUCCACACACCACACCAUCCACACACUACACCCUCCACACACUACACACUCCACACACCACACCAUCCACACACUACACUCUCCACACACCACACCAUCCACACACUACACCCUCCACACACUACACACUCCACACACCACACCAUCCACACACUACACUCUCCACACACCACACCAUCCACACACUACACCCUCCACACACUACACACUCCACACACCACACCAUCCACACACUACACUCUCCACACACCACACACACUCUCCACACACCCCACC